AUGGGUUCCAAAUACGAAGAAAACAUUACUUUGCCUAACGAUAAAACCGUUAAAGUUUAUACUGGCCUUUUUAUUAAUAACGAGUUUGUUGACUCCGUUGAUGGUAAACGUUUUGAGACCAUCAAUCCUACAACGGCUCAAGUUAUUACUUCUGUAGUAGAAGCAUCUGAGAAAGAUGUUGACAUUGCUGUUGAAGCCGCUACAAGAGCCUUUAAUGAAGAAUGGAUUCAUGUAGACGGAAAGAAACGUGGAACAUUAUUAAAUAAACUUGCUGACUUAAUGGAACGUGAUAUCGAUGAUUUGGCUGCUCUUGAAGCAUUAGAUAACGGUAAAGCUUUUACGAUAGCAAAGGUUCAAGAUCUUCCUGCUACAAUUGCAGUUUACAGAUACUUUGCCGGAUGGUGUGAUAAGAUCCAUGGCAAGGUCAUUGAGACCCAACAGGAUAAAUUCUGUUACACUCGUCAUGAACCGAUUGGCGUUUGUGGUGCGAUUAUUCCUUGGAAUUUUCCACUUCUUAUGCAAUCUUGGAAAUUAGCUCCAGCUUUAGCAUGUGGUAACACCAUAGUGCUUAAAUCAUCUGAAUUAACUCCAUUGACUGCUCUUAAAGUGGGUGCCCUAUUUAAAGAAGCUGGGUUUCCAAAAGGUGUCGUGAAUAUUCUGUCCGGAUUCGGUCCUACAGCUGGAUCGACCAUUGUAGGAAGAUCUGUAUUAAAAGCAUCCGCUGAAAGUAAUUUGAAAAAAGUUUCUUUGGAAUUAGGUGGAAAAUCACCAAAUAUUAUAUUUGCUGAUUCUGACCUUGAAGAGGCUGUUAAAUGGGCAUAUCAAGGAAUCUAUUUCAAUCAUGGUCAAUGCUGUUCUGCUGGUUCUCGCGUUUAUGUCGAAGAUUCUAUUUAUGAUAAUUUCCUUGAGAAAUUCAAAUCAUAUGCACAAAACAUCAAAGUUGGAGAUCCUUUUCAUAAAGAUACUUAUCAAGGACCUCAAAUUUCCAAACGACAAUUUGACAGAAUCAUGUCUUACAUUGAAUCUGGUAAAAAAGAAGGUGCAACUUUAUUACUGGGUGGUAAACAACACGGUGACGAAGGAUAUUUCAUCGAACCAACUAUUUUCGUCGACGUGAAUGAAAAAAUGAAGAUCAUGCAAGAAGAAAUCUUUGGUCCCGUUGUAGCAAUUGCAAAAUUCAAAACUGUUGAUGAAGUAAUUGAAAAGGCACAUUUGACAAAUUAUGGCUUGGCCGCAGCUGUGUUCACUAAAGAUAUAUCGCGUGCAAUAAAAAUCUCAAACGCGUUGAGAGCUGGUACAGUAUGGGGUUACAAAGAAUCUGGAAUUGGUAGAGAGCUCGGAAAAUACGCGUUAGACUUAUAUACUCAAGUGAAGACAGUUCAAAUUAAUCUUGAAUCUUAA